UUCUGGGAACCGUGCUGUCCCGCGACUGAUCCAGAGUGCCCCUCCAGCCCCCAGCCAUGAGGCUCUUCCUGUCGCUCCCAGUUUUGGUGGUGGUUCUGGCGAUGGUUUUGGAAGGCCCAGCCCCCGCCCAGGCGGCCCCAGAAAUCUCCAGCACUUUGGAGCGCAUCCCGGAUAAACUGAAGGAGUUUGGUAACACCCUGGAGAACAAGGCCCGGGCAGCCAUUGAGAGCAUCAGGCAGAGUGACCUUCCUGCGAAGACCCGGAACUGGUUUUCUGAGACUUUCAACAAAGUGAAGGAGCAGCUAAAAACUACCUUCUCCUGAACACCAGGAGAGCCGCCCCACUCCUCUGGGCUGUGCGCCACGGAAGGAGCUCUGAAGUUUCCCAUGCCCUGGCUCCUGUACCGAGGACUUCAUGAUGCCCACAUCCACCCCCACCCUCCAAUAAAAAUCCUGUAGAGAAAAAAAAAAAAAAA